AUGUCGUCAACAUUCAGCGGCGAUGAAACUGCUCCUUUCUUCGGUUUCCUCGGCGCUGCCGCAGCGCUCGUCUUCUCCUGCAUGGGAGCUGCAUACGGAACCGCAAAGAGUGGGGUUGGAGUAGCGUCCAUGGGUGUGAUGCGGCCGGAGCUCGUGAUGAAAUCGAUCGUGCCCGUUGUCAUGGCUGGUGUUUUGGGUAUUUACGGUUUGAUUAUCGCCGUCAUCAUCUCCACUGGAAUCAACCCUAAGACCAAGGCUUACUACCUCUUUGAUGGAUACGCACAUCUUUCCUCCGGAUUAGCUUGUGGCCUUGCCGGGCUUUCUGCUGGAAUGGCCAUUGGUAUUGUUGGUGAUGCUGGUGUAAGAGCAAAUGCCCAACAGCCCAAGCUUUUCGUUGGCAUGAUACUUAUUCUCAUUUUCGCUGAGGCGUUGGCUCUUUAUGGACUGAUUGUUGGGAUCAUUCUUUCUUCUCGUGCUGGCCAAUCCAGAGCCGACUAG